CCCAUAUUGGAAUCGGAAUCAUUUCACACUGUAUACUAUGAAGAAGUAUCGUGAGUCCAUGGAUAUCCAUGACUCGUGGAGAUACACUAGGCGUAACCUUUCAAGAAAUAGAUUCCAUGGUGAACGUGUCGAAAUCAUGUCCAGGAUGUCUUUGUUGAUGAAGGAGGUUUACGGCGAAGCUGCAUACAACUCUUCAAGCCAGCCCCGUUGGGAACAUCUGGCAGAGAGAUGUAGCUAUGCAAAAAUGCCAGAGCAAGGGGUUAACAAAUGCGGCUUUUACAUGUUAAAAGUUGCUUAUCUAUAUGAUGGCACCAAGCUAGUAGAGGAAGUGAAGAAGCGUGAUCCACAUUCUGCCUACUCGAAGGCCGAGUGCCUUUUUUAUGUUCUUUUUCACCAUAGUAAUGAGAUUCGGCGCGACUAGUGGCCGCGGGAGAUGGCUGGCAUUGCUAAGUCGUUACAACCGUAGUCGCAGGACAGCGGUGCAAGUAGAUGAAUAUGUGGAUGUGUUUUAUGAAAGUUUUGUCAGUUUUCUGUAUUUUGUAGCAAGCAUGCUAACUGCAUCAUUAUGCACGUGCAAGUAUUUGCUCCGAUGUGUAGUUUACAUUCGUGAA